AAAAAAGAAAAUAGAUUGACUAACAACCGGCAUCUUGUUGAGAGAGAUAAGAGUUCUCAGUGACCACUGACAAGACGAGCAUUGUGGCGAGGAUGCUCAAAAUUGAUUUUCACCGUAUGGUCAGACUUCACAUUUGUCUACAAAUGAUUUACAUUUGAAAAAAAUCUGACCUUCCUCCGAGCACCUCAAUCUGAAACUUGACUGUGUAGUAAUUUAAGGAACUCUGUGUCCCGGUGAGGAACUAAUACUACCUUGUGUCGCUUUAAAAACGAAGAGAACCUAAAGGUUUCAUAUUACACUGUGAGUUCUGCAAUUGGUUUAUUCGUGAUAAUAUCGAUAAGUGUUUUCUCAAGACGGUACGGGAGGAACUGAGACAAAAACUCCAGAAACAACCUGAAUUGAUGAUUCUUCUCUACGGCUAAUAAUGUAGCAUUGAAGCUAAUGAACACAAAUGGUGUCACACAGCCUCGGAACAAAAAGCGCCGUUAUUAUUCCUAAGAGCGGAUAUCCUGAAGAUUGCGUCAUCAAUGCAACGGUUAGCAAACAUUCUUCUGAGAAAAAAAAAAAACCAUAUCGGUGCUCGACCAGUCAAAAAGGUCAAGCGGCAAUGGAAUGAUUCUUGUAGUUCCGUCAUGGAAAACGAUCCUCAUUGAGACAAAGUUCAGGCAAGUUCAGAUCAUUUUCUUUUACCUACGAUAGACAUUUGUAUUUCAAACUCUUGCUUACAAUACACACAUUAUUCGAUUAUCUCUAAAUAGUUCGCGGGCCAUAAAGUCACGACAGAGAGUCGCAUUGUCAAUCGAAUAAUUCAAUGAAAUAUUACUUCUGAAAAUAGUCCACGUAUUCUCGCUCAGGACCUCCAAAUUGUUUUAUUGUCGGCGUAACCGAUCGUUCUGAGCUCUCCGCAUUGACGGCGACAAACGACUAAAAAUGGCAUUAGUGGAGUUAUUUAAAACCCCGAUUGGAGAACAAGGGUCAUUUGUGCUGCCGCAAACCCCUGGAGCAGGCAAAAGAGGACCUCGGGAGGUGAGCGCCGAUUGGCCGCUCAGACAAAAAGGGGGCGGUCCUAGCGAAUGGCAGACGUCCCGCAGUGAUGAAACCCCGGGUGAUCUGACAGCUGGGCCAUUUGAAGUGAUUGUCAUGCUAUGCAACAUGAAGGCUUAUCCCAAGCUUUGGGCCUAAUUAGUUCACUUAGGGGCCCCUUUAUAAAGACAAGACGAGGGACACCGAGUCAUUAAGGAGCCAGAAGAUCAACAGGAGAGCAACGGGCAGAAGCAGCAGACUCGCAUCCUUAAACUUGUCUUUGCUGCUCCGAGCAAACAAACUCAAUCGGAAGACUUUUUGAGAAUGCCACACUUAUCUGACUGCGGCUACUACACCAUGCGGGAUGCGACAAGAGCUUCAAACGUACAGAGUCAACUGGACAACACCAAGUUCCACCUCCAUCAGAGCCAGAGCCAGCAGGUCAAGCAGUACCUGACGCUGGGUUCAAAGUUGGCCUCGUCGGCGCAGGGCCACGCCGUGCCCCACCCCCACGCCCCCGGCCAGCCGCUACCCACCGUGCCCAUCAUGAGGAACGGACACAUGGGAUCCGUCAACGACGGCAGCAACCCCGACAGCCCCGUCACCCUAAUGACCAUGGCCAACCACGACGGCGAGUUCCCAAUGGAUGAAGUGAUUGAUGAUCUUAUCAGUCUUGAAUCGGGCUUCAAGGAUGGAGGCUUGGAUUGCAUGGAGUCGAACAUCCUGAUGCAAAACAAUGUGUCCCUCAGUAGCAGCAUGCUGGACGUGUAUGGGGGUGAACAAGAACACGACACACGGGUCAUGGCCAAGGAAAGACAGAAAAAAGACAACCACAAUUUAAUCGAAAGACGGCGAAGAUACAACAUCAACUACAGGAUUAAAGAACUGGGGACGCUCAUACCAAAGUCAAACGACCCCGACAUGCGCUGGAACAAAGGCACCAUCCUGAAGGCUUCGGUGGAGUACAUUAAGUGGCUGCAGAAGGAGCAGCAGCACGCUCGCGAGCUAGAAAGUCGCCAGAAGAAGCUGGAGCAGGCCAACAGGAGGCUUAUCCUCAGGAUUCAGGAACUUGAGAUCCAGGCACGGGCGCACGGCCUCCCGAACAUGGCGAGCUCAUUGGGUACGACAGAACUGAAUUCGCACCUCCUCAAGCAACAGCAGUCGUCCACCCAGCCCCAGCAGCCGCCUCUCUACCAGGAAGACCCCAACGGAGAUUAUCUACAGCGGAUAACCGUGGUGGCCGGAGUGCCGCCCAUCUCGGUGCCGCAGGACCACGUGGCGGGCGCCGACGGUUGCACCACUUUUUCCGACCCGCUGUCCCACUUUACCGAGAUCUUCAGCGCCACUCUCAAAGGCGAGCAGCGGCUGGAUGAGAUCCUGAUGGACGAGGCGCUGUCCCCGUUCGGCGUCGACCCGCUGCUGUCGUCCGGCUCGCCCCGGGCCGCCUCGAAGGACAGCAGCCGCCGCAGCAGCUUCAGCUCAGGGGAGGGCGAUGAGCUAUAA